UGCCCCGCCGCCGGCCCGCGCCCCGCCCGCGCGGAGUCCCAGCCGAGCUCCGCCGAGUCCCCACGCAGCCGUCGAGAUGGGUGAGUCAAAUGAAGAUAUAGACCAAAUGUUCAGCAAUUUGCUGGGAGAGAUGGAUCUCCUGACCCAGAGUUUAGGAGUUGACACUCUUCCUCCUCCUGACCCCAAACCACCCAGAGCUGAAUUCAACUACAGUGUGGGUUUUAAGGAUUUAAAUGAGUCCUUAAAUGCGCUGGAAGACCAAGAUUUAGAUGCUCUCAUGGCAGAUCUGGUAGCAGACAUAAGUGAGGCUGAGCAGAGGACAAUCCAGGCACAGAAAGAGCCCUCUCAGAAUCAGAAUCAUCCAGCACCCCUGAACAUACCAGAUUUCAGCGGUGCAGCCGCUCUUGGUUACGGAGCAAAUGUUGCUGUAACCAGUGUUAGCCAGUAUGAGGAUGAUUUACCACCUCCCCCGGCUGAUCCCAUGUUAGACCUUCCACUGCCGCCGCCACCUCCUGAACCUCUCUCUCAGGAAGAAGAAGCAGCCCUAGCCAAGGCUGAUAAAAUUAAGCUAGCAUUGGAAAAACUGAAGGAAGCCAAGGUCAAGAAGCUUGUUGUCAAGGUGCACAUGAAUGAUAACAGCACUAAAUCGUUGAUGGUGGAUGAGCGGCAAUCAGCCCGGGAUGUUCUAGACAAUCUUUUUGACAAAACCCAUUGUGACUGCAGUGUAGACUGGUGUCUUUAUGAAAUAUACCCAGAACUUCAAAUUGAAAGGAUUUUUGAAGACCAUGAAAAUGUUGUUGAAGUCUUAUCAGACUGGACAAGAGACACAGAAAAUAAAGUGCUAUUUUUGGAGAAAGAGGAAAAAUACGCUGUAUUUAAAAACCCCCAGAAUUUUUACUUGGAUAACAAAGGAAAAAAAGAAGGGAAGGAAACAAGUGAGAAAAUGAAUGCUAAGAACAAGGAAUCCUUACUUGAGGAAAGUUUCUGUGGAACAUCUGUCAUUGUGCCAGAACUUGAAGGAGCUCUUUAUCUGAAAGAAGACGGAAAGAAAUCCUGGAAAAGGCGCUAUUUUCUUUUACGGGCUUCUGGAAUUUAUUAUGUACCCAAAGGAAAGACUAAGACAUCUCGAGAUCUGGCAUGCUUUAUACAGUUUGAAAAUGUCAACAUUUACUAUGGGAUUCAGUGUAAAAUGAAAUAUAAAGCCCCGACUGACCACUGCUUUGUUUUAAAGCAUCCCCAAAUUCAGAAGGAGUCCCAGUAUAUCAAAUAUCUCUGCUGUGAUGAUGCAAGAACCCUAAACCAGUGGGUCAUGGGAAUAAGGAUUGCCAAGUACGGGAAGACUCUCUAUGAUAACUAUCAGCGGGCUCUGGAGAGGGCUGGGCUCGCCUCUCGGACGAACCUGAGUACUGUCGGUGCAGUUCCACCAGCCCCACCUGCCACAGGACCUAAAGCAGGCACCACCCAGGCCAAUGGGCAGAUUCCCCAGGCUGCACAUUCUGUAAAUGCAGUUCUUGAAGAAGCCCAGAGGCAGGCAGAAACUAUUAAGGACAAGAAGCCAGCUCUUGGUAACCACGACCCAGGAACACCCAGGGCCCAUCACCUUCCAAAGUCCAGCCUGCCACCGCCCCCUCCCGUGCGAAGGUCUUCAGACAUCUGCGGCAGCCCAGCGACAACCCCCAGGGCCAAGGGCAUGAGCAGCGGCUUCCCUGCGCCGCCGCCCGACGACUCUCUGCCACCACCCCCGCCGCCACCGCCCCUGGAGGACGACGAGGAGCUCCCUCCGCCGCCCCCCGAUUUUAACGAAGGGCCCCCGGACUUCGUGCCUCCCCCACCGCCGUCGUUUGCAGGGGAUGCUGGGUUAUCAUUACCGCCCCCGCCCCCGCCCCCACCUGCACUCAACUCUCCGAAGCCGCCCCCCGUUGCCAGCAAAAGACCUCCCGCUCCCCCGAAGAGGAAAGAGAAUCCAGGACCACCUGGUGGAGUAGGGAGCGGAGAGCAAGAUUUCAUGUCCGAUCUCAUGAAAGCUUUGCAAAAGAAAAGAGGCAACAUGUCCUAAGGGAAACAGAUAAAUAUGUUUGUGUGAUGGGUAUAAUCAUUUCUAACCUCAAGUACAUUUUUGCUACUUUAUCUUCAUGACACCUUACUCAUUUUAGAUAAAAUAUUGACGCAUUCAGACUAGAAAUGGUGUAAAACGUCUCACUGCAGCGCAAAUAUGUUCAUAAUCAUUAACCUAUAACGGAAGCAAGAGUAUCUGCCUAAAUGUACAUACCUUUCCUAUGUGUUUCCACCUCCCUGAAUUCGUUUUCCCUUACAAAUUAACUGGAAUGUUUUAUGUUUAUUUUAUUGUGUUCAGAAGCAUCAAAUUAAUAAAAUUUAAAAGUCUUCCUUGA